ACUUUUGUUUUAAAUAUGAGAUUGUGCGGGUUUUCUGUAACAAAUUGGACGUGACGGUUUAGCUUUAGAGUUUUCCUCCGCACAUUGGCAUUGGGGCUCCAGAGGAUACUUUGCAGUCUUGCUACGGGUUGAUGCCAAAACCUCCACAUAAAGAUGUCAUCAAGUACAACCUAAAUGCUAAUAAGUAUCUCCGCUACCUCUGCGAGCUUGACUGGAUCCACCCCGAAGAUAAUGGUCGUAAGUUCGUGCUCGCGUACAGUCUCGCCGAUGGCACCAUCAAAAUCGGCGAAGUCCCUCGAAGAAACUCCGGCAUCAAGGAGGGAAAGUUCCUCAAGGCUAUGAAACUGCAGACCCCCGAAUCUGACCCGAACUUUCCUACUUAUUUUACGCCAGAUAAGUUUUACAUUGGGGCAAUUGUCCCGGUAUUCAAGCACCGCUUCAGGAUUAUCGGCUGCGACCUCUUCGUGUACCGGUACAUGAGCGCCAACCCGGACAAGUUUCCGCAGGAGGUCAUCGACAACGUGCGCAACUACCACAUGCGCGAGGGCAACCUGAAGGACGAACUUGCGGAAGCCGUCCGUGACGAGCAAGCGGCCGAAACUCGCGCGCAGCUCGCCAAGAUCGGCCAAGCGGCCGUGGCCGAACCGAACGCGAUGGAGCGCUGCCUCGCCGCCCUCGACGUGGUGGAAGGCAGCGCGACACCGCCGCGCCCGCCCACGCCGCCGAUGACCACAGACAGGAUAUCUUAUGACGACUCCCUGCGUGUGGCGAGGAUGAGCAAACCUACUUGCGACAACGUAAUGCCUCUGAAAGGCAUCCUCAAAUCGGGGGCCGCGAAAGACGACCACCAAAAGGUGGUUUGCUUCAGCGGCCCCGCGCCGGACGAACACCGGGAGGCCAAGAAGGUUCCCACCUAUCCCCCGGGAGAGCAACCGCACUUUGUCGACGAUCCAGACUUCUGCGAGAGAUUCAAGGAAGCGGUGAGAGACAAUGUAGAAGGGAGUACUGAUUUAUAAUGAUU